AUGAGUGCUGCCACCGGGUCAUUCUAUAGUAUGGUGAAUCCAGACACACCGAACUUGAUUGUGAAUCUAGAGGAUAAUCCUCUCAUCCCAUGGUAUUAUCCUCUUUAUGAUUACACAAGUAAUUGUAUAAAUCCAAGAUUUUUUGAUAACAUAACAAUGCUGUUUAAUAUUGCCAUUGGGGUAUUUGCCAGCUACCAAUUGUUCAAAUCAUAUAAUAGUCAGCUUAGCUUAGGAAAUCCAUUCGAAUCAAGAAGUUGUGGAGUGAAACAUUUUUUGAAAAUUGAAUGUAUAACGCUACAGAUCUUUAUCCAUUUUAUACAACUACUAAGUGAUAACGGUAGUAGAUAUUCAGCUUCAAAUCUAGUUGUCCUUUUAAUUAUUCUUCCCUUGCAUAUCAUUGAGCCUACCCGCUCUAUUCAUCAAUUAGCAUCUCUUUUAUUUUAUUGGUUAGGAAAUUGCAUAAUAGUCAUGAUCCCCUUGAUCCAGGAUAUUUUUUCCAAUCAUCCCAUUUUAAACAAAUCAAAGUCAGUUUGGUUUUUCACUUCAGAAAUAGUUUUAUGUUUGAACACAUAUUUGAUUUUUUUAUUACAAACUCGGUUCUGGAAACCAAGUAAGGAAUUGGUGGAAUACUAUUUACUAAAUGACGCCGACCUCCGAUCUAUAAGAAACAUCUUGAGUCACUGGACUUUUACCUGGGUUCAGUCUUUUAUUACCGAGAUAUAUUUAAAGGACUCAGCUUCUAUAGAAGAGCUACCUAGGGCUCCCGGUGACACCAAAUGUGAAGUUACACUGAAGAGACUUGAAAAUCAUUGGAGCUUGCAGUUACCGAGAAGAAGACCUCUGCUACUAAUCGCAUUACUAAGUAGUUUCAACUAUUUAAUCGUUUCUGCAACAUCCUAUGACCUUAUUGAUACUUUACUUUCUUUGUUACAGCCUUUAAUCUUACAAAGGCUAAUUCUUUAUUUUAGUCAAUAUAAAAAAGAACAAAAGCCAAUAAUUAUUGCAUAUUUUUUAGCUGUUUUGAUGCUAAUAGUUGCAUUUACUAGAACAAUUGUGUCAAAUCAGUCAAUCAGUUUUCAGAGAAGAUCUGAUUUUAUCAUCCAAUCUUCGCUUAUGGGAAUGAUUUAUAAAAAAAUCAUAAAUUUAAACUAUGCAAAGAAAACUAAAAAAACAGGUGAUAUACUCAAUCAUGCUUCAAUGGAUGUUGCUUUAGCCAGAAGUUGUAUCGAGAGUAUUCAAAAGUUUAUCGAAGCCAUGAUAAAACUAAUACUUUGUGUUCUUCCUUUAUAUAAAUUUUUAGGACCAGCAAUAUGGGGUGUCUUAUUAGCAGCUUUAAUAACAAUUCCAUUGGCUAUAUUUACUGAAAUGUCUUUGCUGCCAGCUUUCAACCAGCUACUGAAAUACCGGGAUCAAAGAACAUCAAUCAUGAACGAUAUCUUACUGUCAAUCAAAGGUAUCAAACUUUAUGCUAGAGAAGAACCCAUGCUAAAUAAAUUGAAUGAAAUAAGAUUGAAUAAAGAAUUGAAAGAAACAAAGAAAAUAGGUUUGAUUAAUUCGUUCGUGACAUUCGUUUGGGGUUUAAUUCCUUUCUUCAUGAUGGUAUCUGGAUUAGUUAUUUCAGUUCACAUGUACGAUCAAGAAUUAUCAGCACAUGUUAUUUUUCCAACUUUGUCAGUUCUUGCAUCCAUUUCGAACACUAUUUGUGAUUUACCUCGUUUGAUAUCAUACGGUAUUCAAGCUCGUAAAUCAUUUGACAGACUUGCAAGCUUUUUUCUCAUGGAUGAAUUCAAUGAUACUGUUAUAAGGAAUAAACCAUCGAGUGAAGCGCAUGUCUGCAUCAACAUAACUAAUUCUCAAUUCUCAUGGACGAAACCCGAAUAUUCUGAUGUAAUUGAUAAUAGCAAUGUUGCAUUAUCAGUUGACGAAUUUAAUGUCAACCAUGGAGAGACGGUUUGUCUAGUUGGUAAGUUUGGAAGUGGUAAAACUACAUUACUACGAAGCUUGUUAGGCGAAAUGUAUCUUGUAAACAAUACCAAAUCAGUUAUAGAAGUAAGAGGCUCAAUCGCUUAUUGCCCCCAAAACCCAUGCAUUAUACAUAAUACAAUCAGAGAAAAUAUUCUAUUUGGCCUUGAAUAUGAUGCAAAAGUUUUUUGGGAAGUGAUAGAAUUAUGUCAAUUACAUGAUGAUUUGAAUAGCUUCCCUUACAAUGAUAAGACCGUUGUGUCUGAAGGGGAAUCAUUAUCAGGUGGACAAAAAUCAAGGAUCUCUUUAGCCAGGGCUAUAUACUCCAGAUCAGACAUUUAUCUUUUUGAUGACAUAUUAGCAUCUAUCGAUUUACGUAUUGGAAAACUUAUCUUGGAAAAUAUUUUAGGAGAAAAUGGGAUUUUAAGAAAUAAGACUGUUUUAUUCGUUACAAAUUCGAUAUCAGUCAUUGAGAAAUCGACAAAAGUUGUAUUUCUAAGAAAAGGUAAGAUCAUUGGUGAAGAAAAAUAUCAAGACUUCGGAAACGCUAAGGAUGCAGCGGUGACCAAAAUGAUAAAAGAAUUGAAUGAUCAAGCUACAUUAGUUCAACCUAUUUCUUCUGUUUCUGAGUCCAAUGCUUCUUCCAACACCGUAUCAAAUGAACUGAUAAGGUCGUCACAGGCAUCAAUAUCAGAAUCAUCUUUGGGUUCCAUCUAUAGUAGUGAGCUUGAAGAUUAUGAUGUAAAUCAUAUCCAUCAAGAAGAUGAUGAUACCGAAGAAGAAGAGGAAGAUUUACUUUAUUUGGAACAUCAGCUCACUCGAGAGACCUCUGGUCGGUUAAGUUUCAUAUCAAGAGAUUAUACCCAUAGUGGAACUAGUAUUCAAAGCAGAACACUCAAGAAAAUUCCGACUUUAGAAGAAACAAUCAAAGGUAAGUUUAAAUCAACUUUUCUCAUUGAGUUUCUCAGAGCAUGCCAUUUAGGAAAUAUUGUCAUAUAUUUAUCGUUGAUUUUUUUAAUGAACUAUUCACUUACAUUUUUUCCAGAUGAAAAGAAAUACGAUAGAUAUAUAUUUAUCUACUUUGAAUUGGGUAUCUUGAAAUACUUGAUUGAAAUGGUUGCUUCGUACUUUCUUUGGACGUUUUGUAUAACUGGAGGACUAUUCACAUUUCAUGACAAGCUUAUCAGAUCGAUAAUUUAUUCACCUUUGGAAUUUUUCCAAAAUAAUUCAAACGGUCGUAUAAUGAACAGGUUCACAAAUGAUUUAAGAACUCUUGAUAUGUAUUUCCCCAUAAACUUGAGUGAUUUUGUGGUUUCGAGUUUGAAUAUUUUAGCAAUCUUUGUUGUUUUGAUUAUAAACAUUCCAAUGAUGUUAAUAUUUGUUCUUAUAAUGCUAUUUGUUUAUUUAUUGAUCAGGUUAUAUUUGUCACCAACUAUAAGAGAAUUACAAAGAUUGCAAAGUGCUAUGAUUAGCCCAGUACUUUCACAUAUACAAGAAACCAUUCAAGGAUUGGAAACUUUGAGAGCUUAUAAUCAGAUAAACAGAUACGACACCAAGAACACCAACACUUUAAAUAACUUAUUAGGUGUUGAGCAAGCCUUAUCUUCAACUAAUAGAUGGUUAGCCGUUAGAUUGGAACUGAUUUCAAAUUUAAUUACUUUUUUGAUUGUUGUAUUUCUGAUACAUUCAUUGGGUUCCAGUAAACAAAUAAAUCCAGAAAUUUUAGGUUUAUUAGUAACAUAUUCUUUGACACUAUCAACGACUUUAGAUAGUACGAUCAAGAUAAGUACCGACUUACAAGCAGAAAUGAUUUCACUCGAAAGAAUCAUGGAAUAUAUCAAUUUAGAAACAGAAGAUCCAUUGAAGCAUGAAUUAGUUCCAUAUAAAGAUUGGCCGCGUGAAGGAAGUAUAAAGUUUGUUAAUUUUACAUUGAAAUAUGCAAAUAGCAUAAAGCCAGUUUUGAAAAACAUCAACUGUGAAAUCACUCCUGGGACUAAAGUAAGUUUAGUUGGCAAAACUGGAGCAGGGAAAUCCACAUUUACUUUAGCAAUCUUUAGACUUUUAAAUCCCAUGGGAGGAAAGAUUGAAAUAGAUGGGAUCAAUAUUGCUAAAAUUGGACUUUAUGAAUUAAGGCAUAAACUCAGUAUAGUUCCCCAAGGAAGUCAAACUAUUAUUGGAAGCGUUCGAGAUAAACUUGAUCCUUGUAAACAGUUCAACGAUGACCAACUUUGGAAAGUAUUAGAACUAGUUAAAUUGAAAAAUCAUGUUCAGAGACUUGGGUCAUUAGAUGUCCAAUUUGAUGAGUCUGGCAAUAAUUUUUCCUUAGGUCAAAAAAACUUACUUUCUUUAGCAAGAUCUCUAUUGGUACCUUCGAAGAUAUUAGUACUCGACGAAGCUACAUCAUCGCUUGAUUUAAACACGGUUCGAAUCAUAAGAGAUGUCAUCAAGAAUGAAUUUCAAAAUUCAACAAUCAUUACCAUAGCGCACAGACUAGAUACAAUCAUGGACAGUGACAAGGUUUUACUAUUGGAGAACGGAGAAGUUGUUGAAUUUGACCUGCCUUUGAUCUUAUUAAAGGAUGCAAAUUCCAAAUUUUUCAAUUUUUGCGCAGAGGGUCUUAUAGAUUGA